AUGACGUGUUUGGCGGUUGAGAUGACGUGUUUGGCGGUUGAGUUGAUGUGUUUGGCGGUUGAGAUGACGUGUUUGGCGGUUGAGAUGACGUGUUUGGCGGUUGAGAUGACGUGUUUGGCGGUUGAGAUGACGUGUUUGGCGGUUGAGAUGACGUGUUUGGCGGUUGAGAUGACGUGUUUGGCGGUUGAGAUGACGUGUUUGGCGGUUGAGAUGACGUGUUUGGCGGUUGAGAUGACGUGUUUGGCGGUUGAGAUGACGUGUUUGGAGGUUGAGAUGACGUGUUUGGCGGUUGAGAUGACGUGUUUGGCGGUUGAGAUGACGUGUUUGGCGGUUGAGAUGACGUGUUUGGCGGUUGAGAUGACGUGUUCGGCGGUUGAGAUGACGUGUUUGGCGGUUGAGUUGAUGUGUUUGACGGUUGAGAUGACGUGUUUGGCGGGUGAGAUGAUGUGUUUGGCGGGUGAGAUGAUGUGUUUGGCGGGUGAGAUGAUGUGUUUGGCGGGUGAGAUGAUGUGUUUGGCGGGUGAGAUGACGUGUUUGGCGGUUGAGAUGACGUGUUUGGCGGUUGAGAUGGUGUGUUUGGCGGUUGGGAUGGUGUGUUUGGCGGGUGAAAUGGUGUGUUUGGUGAUUGAGAUGGUGUAUUUGGCAGGUGAGAUGUUGUGUUUGGCGGGUGAGAUGGUGAAUUUGGCGGUUGAGAUGGUGUGUUUGGCGGGUGAGAUGGUGUGUUUGGUGAUUGAGAUGGUGUAUUUGGCAGUACGCGAGGAACCAGUACGCGAGGAGGAAGUGGUCGAGCCCUACGUCCCGAUGCCAAUAACCAGGAAUAAGGGACCGAAUAAAUUUCCUAAACAAUCCAAGAAGACGCUUCCGAAGUUCGAGCCGUAUGCAUCCAAGAAGACGCUUCCAACAUUCGAGUCGCAUGCGGACGAUAUGGCCGACUUCAUGACGCCGAAGCUAGUGCCAGCGAAGCGUCGGGGAAGGAAGAGGCCAUGCGUGAAUAUCAUUUCCGAUGUGGUUUUGAAAAAAGCAGACACGCAAGAACCAUCAGGAAGUGGAAAAAAUAAAUGGAAACCGAUCCCAACAUCAUCACCCCCGGCUACGACAUCCACGAUUUCUGCUCCGAUCGUGAUUGCGGCUCCUCUACCUACACCGGCCAAAUUCAAAAGAUCAUCGGAGCUGUUGAAAUCCCGUGUAGUGACCGCAUCAACCAUUGCCCCUGUCAACGAUGACGAAGACGAGAUCCCAGCCACUCAAGAGGCGAAUCAAGACCUGUAUCAUAAAAUGAAGCAGUAUGUUGAGGAAUUAAAGCUGAGGAUAAAAGCCGCCGUUCGGACACAGGAGAAGGCCAUGGAAGACACUGAAGCAAAACGUCGAGAGAAACAUGCAGCAGCCCACAUAAAAAACAAAAAUCGGCACCCGAAGGCGCCGUAG